AUGAACAGAAAUAUCAGCCUUCGUCUGAAGAGCUGCACAAGUGUUAGAUUUGCCUCGUAUAAUGCAUCGAGCAAAUCUUUUCAGAAAAGGAAACAACUAGAAACGCCAACUGCCGAUAUUCCAUACAAGAUCGGCAGUUAUGCUAGUUUGAAACUUCCAGAAGAAGAAAAAGUAUCUGGACUGCACCGGCUGGUAGGACAGAUUGAUAGUUUUGCACAACUAAAGUUAGUCCCUCCGGUUAGAGAUGCUUUGAUCAAGCAAAUCAAGCAAAGCACGGUCUUGAGAAGUCAGAACUUCAUUUCUUCCACAAAAAAGGUAAAGACUGAGGACGAAAUGAAUGGCCUCAUCAUAAGGCCAACACCUAUCCAAGUGGAGACCAUCAAGGUAGUCAAUUCUAUCAGGCGAACUAAUAAAAACGAGCUGAAAGUAUUCACAUUGGCGGCUGAAACUGGGUCAGGUAAGACAUGGGCGUAUUUGGCUCCGCUUUUCCAUAAACUGAAAAUUGAAGAAUUGGAAAGUGGUACCCGCAUGGAAAAAUCUCAAAUCAGAUCCGUUGUCUUAGUGCCGACCCAUGAGUUGGUGUAUCAAGUAUCCGAAGUGGUGGAAUCUGUAUGCAAAGAUCUUGAUUUGAGUGCUUAUCGAUGGGAUGUAGACUCAAAUUUCAAGGAUUUUAUUGGGGCUUAUCGUAACAAGAUUGACGUACUAGUGACCACCCCAGCUAAGCUAAUGUCCCUGGAAAAGUAUGAUGAUGUUGGGUCAUUGAAAAGCCUUUUGACAGGACUUAAUUUUUGUGUUGUUGAUGAAGCAGACACGCUAAUGGAUAAAUCUUGGAUUAACGAUACACAUGCUGCCCUCAAAAACAUGAGAUCACUCAAAGACGUUCUAUUUGUGAGUGCCACUAUACCCAGUGAGUUUAAUAAAGUUACCAAGAAAUUUUUCCCAGACUCGAUCCCUAUUACCACUCCUUCUCUUCACAGACUACCCAAAGCAAUCGAGUUCAGAAACAUUAAUGCCAGUGUUCCGCCCUACAAAGGGUCCAAGAUUAAGGCAUUAGCCCAGGCACUGUAUGCCAUUCAUAGUGACGGAACUGAACUUGGGUACGAAAAAAGAGUAAUUGUUUUCUGCAAUGAAAAGAAAGAAUGCAUGAAAAUUUCCCAUCGUCUAGAAACUGAGUUUGGGCAUGAUGUGUCUUGUAUCUCGUCUGAGGACGCUGUGGAUGUUCGUCGGAGUAAAAUCUUACCAUUCCUGCGACAUCCUCAAUUGUUGGAAGAGGGUCAAAAGCAGACAAUGAAGGUUUUGGUAUGCACCGAUCUUCUUGCUAGAGGACUGAAUUUUAGCGGAAUCAGAAACGUGAUCCUGUACGAUGUUCCCAAGACAUCUGUAGACCUCGUCCAUAGGGCAGGAAGAACUGGAAGGAUGAAUCAAGGAGGAAGAGUUUUUAUGAUAGUGACUAACAAGGACAACUCGCAUGUGAAAGGCCUUCCGACCGUCGUCAGAUAUAAGAGAAGAUUGGCGUGA